CCGCCGCAACGGCAGACGCACAACGGCACAUCUGGCCGCCGAGUGGAAAGCCCCCCAGCGCACGACCAGCCGCCGGGGAGAGGGAGCGAGGGAAUCCAAAUCCAAAUCCCGGGCAGCCCGCCGAUGCACCGGCCGCCGCGUCCUCGGCUCCACGUCCCGCCGGCCACCCAUGUCGGGUUAGCCCGCGGGCCAUCCAUCAGGCGGGCGGGCUCGGGCCGGGCCUGGAUUUGCAGCCCGAUGCUCGGGUUGGACACGGGUUUUCUGGAACCCGACAUAUAUAUGAUCAGGCACCAGGCUCCAUCUCCACCGCCCGCCCGCCUGAUUUCCUCUCUUCCAUCUAUUGAUUGAAGAUAUAUUUAUUUAUUUUAUAUAUAUAUAUAAAAAAGAGUCAAAAUCUUUGCUUUUCUACAUAUUGUGAUCGCUCCAAGAUCAAAUCUUUUUUUGACACUCACACCCCGCCGGCAAGUCCUAAAUAUGGGCUCCAAAUCGAUGGAGGACGAGGUGCUCGCUCCCGCCGCCGCCGCCGCCGGAGUCCAUCUUUCAGCGCUCCGUCUAGACGGCCUCAACCGCAUCCAGGAUUCGAAGGAACAACAAACGACAUCUGGCCUGGACAAUGGCCACCAGGAGCCCUUUGUUAUUGGUGUUGCUGGGGGUGCAUCCUCAGGCAAAAGCACCGUGUGCAAGAUGAUCAUUGAUCAGCUGCGCGACCAGCGUGUGGUGGUUGUUACGCAGGAGUCCUUCUAUCAUGGACUGACGGAUGAGGAAUUAGUCCAUGUUGAUGAUUAUAACUUCGAUCAUCCAGAUGCAUUUAAUACAGAGCUAUUUCUCUCUUGUAUACAAAACUUGAGACGUGGCAAAGCUGUUGACAUCCCUGAUUACAACUUCAAGACAUACAAGAGUGUCCCGAAUGCAAGAAAGGUUAAUCCUUCAGACGUUAUUAUUUUGGAAGGAAUUCUGGUUUUUCAUGAUUCGCGUCUCCGGGAUUUGAUGAACAUGAAGAUCUUCGUUGAUACAGAUGUUGAUGUACGGUUAACAAGGAGGAUCCGUCGUGAUACCAUUGAAAAGGGUAGAGAUAUCAAAACUGUGUUAGAUCAGUACUCAAAAUUUGUUAAGCCUGCUUUUGAAGACUUCAUCCUCCCAACGAAGAAGUAUGCUGAUAUUAUCAUCCCACGAGGUGGAGACAACAAUGUGGCAACUGACCUAAUUGUUCAGCAUAUUCGGACUAAGUUUGGACAACAUGAUCUUUGUAAAAUACACCCCAAUUUGUAUGUAAUUCAGACCACUUAUCAGAUACGAGGCAUGCACACAAUAAUACGGGAUGCUGCCACAGCAACACAUGAUUUCAUAUUUUAUGCCGAUCGGUUGAUUCGAUUGGUUGUCGAGCAUGGUCUUGGUCAUCUUCCUUUCCAGGAAAAACAGGUCAUCACUCCUACUGGAUCUGUUUACACUGGUGUGGAGUUCUCCAAAAGGUUGUGUGGUAUUUCAGUGAUCAGGAGUGGCGAAAGCAUGGAGAAUGCACUACGGGCAUGCUGUAAAGGUAUAAAGAUUGGGAAGAUUCUUAUUCAUCGGGAAGGAGACAACCGACAACAGCUCAUCUAUCAAAAUUUACCAAAAGAUAUUGCAAAUAGGCAUGUUCUGCUGUUGGAUCCCAUAUUGGGAACAGGAAAUUCAGCAGUUCAAGUCAUCUCCCUUCUAUUGAAGAAGGGUGUACAGGAAGCAAAUAUUAUAUUCCUCAAUCUUAUUUCAGCGCCCCAAGGAGUACAUGUGGUGAGCAAGAGAUUUCCUAGAGUGAAGAUCGUUACAUCGGAGAUUGAGUUUGGUUUAAAUGAUGAUUUCCGUGUCAUACCUGGAAUGGGCGAAUUUGGAGACAGGUACUUUGGAACAGAUGAUUAACAGUCAUCAACGCCAUUCUUCUGCGACGAUAAAAAUUGUGUCAGCCUCUUGUGGGAGUUUUCCAAGACACAUGAAGCCAUGGCUGCAGUGUAUUCUCCAAUUUUUGAGAAACUUAUAUCUGCAUUUUAGAAUUCUAGAAUGCCCUAAUAUAUUCAUUGCCAGACACUGUGCCAUGGAACAUACAGACAGAAGUCACCUACUCACCUCUUAACAUAAUUGGAUCCAUUCCAUCUUUUGGUGCCAUCAGAUGUCUCUUUUAGAAAGUAGUCUCUUGUCCAGCCUAUUUUGGAAUAAUACAUAGUCCUGUCCAGCGCAGCUUCUAAAAGGGAUGAAAUAUAUGUUGGUUUUUCUUUCAUGUAAACUAGGAAAAAGAUAUUUUUGAUUGGAACUUUUAGUACUAUAUCACCAAACCAAAGGAUUUGAUCAUUCACCUACAAAUGCAAGUUCUGGCCUUGCAGUCAGGCAAUUAUCUUGCCUUGUAAACUCUUCAAAGGCAAAACCAAGUUAGUUGUUCGUUGGUCCUCU